UGCCAUUGUUCUUUCGUAAAUUAAAAUCUCCUUGUUUUCUUUAUCAGCUAUGAGUGAUUGCUUAAUUUAGGUAUGCCGCUAUCCUGAGAUUGUUUGGCCCACCCUGUUAUGUAUCAACUGAAAACGGCAGGGACCUUGCUAACGCGUGCCCUUUUUGGGGGAAUAGAAAUAAAGGCAUCAAGGAGUAGUGCAAAAAUUUUCCUUUUAUGAUAAAUAGGUCCAUAAUUUUCUUUUGUAUAUUCUGCCAUGUUGGGACUUAUUUCCUUGAGCUCAAGUGGGCACAUCAGGACCACAUUUCACAUGUGAGGCCUGGGUCAGCAUUUGUUUCAGUCGAUACUUUAUUCUGUGCUUACAUUGUUCAUAAGCACCAGAUAAUGUAUUAAUUUGUUUUUCAUUCUGCUUGGGUUUCUCUGAUUUUUUUAAUACAUUAUACAACAUUGAUAUUGGCUUAUACCAAUUAGAUUCUAACAAUUUAGAAUACAAAACUUGUUUCUUGGUAGAAAAGCAACCCCCACUCUCAAGCAACUUCUUUGUUUGGUCAGUGAUCUAGCUGUACAAAUCAAUAAUGCCAAUUGUACAAAACUAAAUAGGAUGAAAAAAGUAAUGCAAGUGGAAACUGGUUGGCAUAUUAAGAGUCUAAAAGUCAAUGGCCCAUCAAGCAAAACUAAAUGUUAAUAUGAUGAUCAUGUACUCCACUUAGUUAUUUGUUUAUAACCAAAAUCUUGAUCAAUUAGUCCUAAUCUUCAAUUAGAACUCCUAGGAAGGAAGAAACCGAAAAUGAAGUUUCAUAAGGAGUAUCUGGAUUUGAUUUUGGUCCCUUGUGGAUUGCUAAUCAUGUUUGCUUAUCAUCUCUUUCUGCUUCACAGAUACAUCAACCGGCCUCACACCACAGUCAUGGGAUUUGAAAACAAUGACAAAAGAGCAUGGGUUGACAGAAUUAUGCAGGCUGAAAAAAGGGAUGUUAGCACAGCUCUAUCUGUCAUUCAAUCCAACACGUCAGCCGCAACAUUCUUGGCCUCAGUUUCUUUGACUCUUUCUUCUCUAAUUGGAGCUUGGAUUUCCAGUAACUCCAAUAUUUUCUUCCAGAGUCAAUUAAUCUAUGGUGACACAAGUGCAACCACAGUUUCCAUCAAGUACAUUUGCUUACUUACAUGCUUUCUCCUUGCUUUUUCAUGUUUUGUUCAAUCAGCAAGACACUUUGUUCAUGCAAACUAUUUGGUAAGCAUACCGGAUAGUUUUGUUCCAAUUAGUAGUGUCGAAUUAGCAGUAAUAAGAGGUGGUGAUUUUUGGUCACUCGGUCUUCGAGCUCUCUAUUUCGCACUAAACUUGCUUCUUUGGUUCUUCGGUCCAAUACCUAUGUUCAUUUGCUCAUUGGUUAUGGUUAUGGUUCUUCACUAUCUUGACUCCAACUCAAGGCCACUGCAUAUGCAUCCUACUAGGUCUCAGGGUGGCAAGUUUCAGAUGGCAAAGAACAAUGGAUUCAACGUUGUUUGACAAUGAAGCGUGAAUUCGGUGAUAUUGAUGUAUGAAAAACAAUGUAUCUUAUUCUUCUGAAUGAUUAUAUGAUUACAUCAGAAUUUUCUCAAGAAAGCAAUAAAAAUGAAAAAUAAGAGUAGAGGGUUGAAUAACAUGGAAUAUAUGUCUUAGAAGCAAAGAUUUGUUCAACACCACGCAUAUGGUUAAUUACUUGCUACACAAGUUAAUGUGUGUAGGCAUCUUGCUUGCACUUACGAAUUGGAUAAGCCUUAGACUCCUAAAUAACACAAAACGUGUGACUUUAACAUAUUCCAUAUUGAUAGUGGAGAUAACUUAUAACCAAUCUAAACAAGUGAUUUGAAAUUAUGUGUCUUUGUUUAUAUUUUUUUUAGAACUUCUGAUAAGAGCUCUUUUGACGGAGGUACCCUUUAAGAAAUAUAUGAUGAGAAUAAAAUAGCAAAGCUCAAAAUACGUUUAUAUAAAUAUUUU